AUGUCAGAGUCAGAAGGUUCGCCAAGUUCUUCACCGCCAGCACCACCAGCCGAUUCAGCUCCGCCACCAGAAUCUUCAUCGGAGAUUUCUGCUCUUCCACCGUCUGAUUCCCCACCGGCUGACUCAUCACAGCCACCACCGUCUGACACAGAACCUCCUCCCCCUCCUCCCGAUUCACUACUCCCUCUACCUUGGAUCCUAUCUCCAUUAACAGAAACUCCUCCUCCAGAUUCUAACCCUCCUCCGGAAGACUCAAACAUUCCUCAGCCGCCACCAACGUCAACCAAAACCCCUUCUCCUCCGACAGAUUCAGAAACACCACCAGCUCCUCCAAGCGAAUCCGAUAAACCACCACCAUCUUCAGACGUGCAAUCUCCUCCUUCACCAUCACAUUCUUCAACGAACCCGGAAAACCCACCGACAGAACCUCCUCCUACUACACCAUCAGAACCUACCAAUUCACCUCCUGCUCCACCCUCAGAUCCAACAAAACCUCAUCCAUUUCAACCAUCAGCGCCUGCAAAUUCCCCUCCGACGGCGAGCUCAUUUCUUGCACCACCCAGACCUAACGGUGGUUCCGGUGGAGCCGUUGUGUCUCCAUCUCUCACAGUCCCUAGCAAGCAAACACCUCCAACAAACGGAGGCAAUGGUAUCACCAAUCAAGGGAAGAUAAUGGUUGGUGUGGCUGUAGCUGGUGGUUUUGCCAUCAUGGCGCUUAUAGCCGUUGUGUUCUUACUUAGAAGAAAGAAAAAGAAAAACAUUGAUAGCUAUAACCCCUCACAGUACUUGCCUCACCCUAACUUCUCUGUCAAAUCAGAUGGACUCUCAUACGGACAAGACCCUAGUAAAGUAUACUCUGGUCCUGGUGGUAGUUCAGUGUACAAUUCUCAGCAGCAACAUUCCUCCAUGGGAAACAGCUACGGGAGCCAAACCGCUCACCAAAUGCAAUCCAAUAGCAUGCCUGACUCUGCCAUCCUCGGAACUAACCAGACUCAUUUCAGCUACCAAGAGCUUGCGGAGAUAACUCAAGGCUUUGCUCGACACAACAUUCUUGGUGAAGGUGGGUUCGGAUGCGUAUACAAAGGUACCUUACAUGAUGGUAAAGUUGUUGCUGUGAAGCAGCUUAAAGUUGGGAGCGGACAAGGUGAUCGUGAGUUCACGGCAGAGGUUGAGAUCAUCAGCCGUGUUCACCAUCGGCAUUUGGUGUCUUUGGUUGGUUACUGUAUUUCGGACCAGCAUAGAUUGCUUAUUUAUGAGUAUGUUGCGAAUCAAACGUUGGAGCAUCAUUUGCAUGGAAAGGGAAGGCCAGUUUUAGAAUGGUCGAAGAGAGUCCGGAUCGCUAUAGGUUCAGCUAAAGGGUUGGCCUAUCUGCAUGAAGACUGUCAUCCAAAAAUCAUUCACAGGGACAUUAAAUCGGCAAACAUUCUACUGGAUGAUGAAUAUGAAGCACAAGUAGCUGAUUUUGGACUUGCUAGACUCAAUGAUACAACACAAACUCACGUAUCAACUAGGGUUAUGGGGACCUUUGGGUACCUAGCACCAGAAUAUGCAUCAAGUGGAAAAUUGACUGAUAGAUCCGAUGUUUUCUCGUUCGGGGUUGUUCUCUUAGAGCUUGUAACGGGACGGAAACCAGUUGACCAGAACCAACCUCUAGGAGAAGAGAGUUUGGUAGAAUGGGCACGGCCGCUGCUUCUCAGAGCCAUUGAGACCAAAGAUUACAGCGAACUCAUUGAUAGACGGCUCGAAAAACAUUAUGUGGAGCAUGAAGUCGUUAGAAUGAUUGAGACAGCAGCUGCAUGUGUUAGACAUUCUGGUCCAAAACGUCCUCGCAUGGCUCAGGUUGUGAGAGCAUUGGACUGCGACGAGGACUCGGGAGAUAUUAGCAACGGGAUCAAAGUUGGGCAAAGCACAGCUUAUGACUCAGGGCAAUACAACGAAGAAAUCAUGAAGUUCAGGAAAAUGGCGUUUGGUAUAGAUGAUAGCACAGAGUCAGGGAUGAACAGUGGUGGUUACUCUGGCAAAAGCUCCUCUGAUUUCUCAGGGAAUGAAUCCGAGACUCGACCUUUCAAUAAUCGACAAUUCUGA